UCAGUUGCAGUGUUUUUUGCAGGCGCGUCCACAUCCGCUCCUGCAGACAGGGCUCUGGAUGGAAACGGGUGAUAACCCUCUUGACUCCUGCGUGUCUCUGACAUAUCCUGCCAGGAGCGGAAGUGUCUGGGAUUCCGCCCGAUCCAUCUUUCCAAAACAGUCGUUCGUAAAGGGAGACGGAGGCGAGCGUCGUCUGUAUCCCUUCCCACACCAUCAUCGCCCUCAGCCGGGCUCCAGUCAGUGUCGCUGCGCUGCCAGUUCAUGCGGAUACAUCGGCACGGGACAUGCUCUGUCAGGUCUGCGCAGUCGACGAGAAAGCCUGCCUGGACACAGGAGAGGAUUAAGUUACUGCUGCUGGCGGCGGAUUAUUUUAUUGGCCUCCUCCUGUCACGCCCGAGUCUUUGGUGAUCCUUUUUCCAAUUAAGAGAGGCCUUUCAAAAGCCAGAUAUGUCUUUCAGGCGAGGUGUGGUCAGGCAGAGCAAAUUCCGCCAUGUUUUUGCCCAGGCGUGGAAAGCCGAGCACUGCAUCGACGACGUCAGAGUGUCCCGCGUUACGUGGGACAGUCCCCUUUGUGCAGUGAACCCCAAAUUCAUCGCUGUUAUAAUCGAAGCAGGCGGAGGAGGAGCCUUCCUGGUUGUUCCGAUCGGCAAGAGCGGUAGAAUCGAUCAGUCCUGUCCAACAGUGUGCGGCCAUGCAGCACCGGUGCUGGACAUCCAGUGGUCUCCUCAUGAUGACAAUAUCAUUGCAAGUGCCUCAGAGGACUUCACAGUAAAGGUGUGGCAGAUCCCAGAUGGGGGCCUGACAAGUCCAAUGACUGAGGCUAUUGUGACCCUCGAGGGCCACAGUAAAAGAGUGGGCAUCCUGGCUUGGCACCCUACUGCCUUCAACAUCCUCCUAACUGCAGGCUGUGAUAAUGUCAUAUGCGUGUGGAAUGUGGGGACGGGGGAGCUUGUGUACCAGCUGAGUGAUGCCCAUCCAGACCUGAUCUACAGCGUCAGCUGGAACAAGGAUGGCAGUGCUGUCUGUACCGUCUGCAAAGACAAGGCCCUGCGCGUUAUUGACCCACGAAGAGGCACCGUCCUCAAGGUGAGAGAGAAGGUCCAUGAUGGUACCAGGCCCAUGAGAGCUGUGUUCCUCUCAGAUGGGAAGAUCCUGACCACAGGCUUCAGCCGUAUGAGUGAGAGACAGCUGGCACUGUGGGAUACCAAAGAUCUCUCUGAGCCAAUGGCUGUACAAGAAAUGGAUACAAGUAAUGGAGUUCUUCUACCCUUUUAUGACCCUGAUACAAACAUGGUCUACCUGUGUGGAAAGGGGGACUGCACCAUCCGGUAUUUCGAGGUGACAGAUGAAUCUCCGUAUGUUCACUUUCUCAGCUUAUACAGCAGCAAAGAGCCUCAGAGAGGGGCAGGCUUUCUUAGUAAAAGAGGUGUGGACGUCAACAAGUGUGAAAUUGCCAGGUUCUACAAACUGCAUGAAAGGAAAGUAGAACCCAUCUCUAUGACUGUACCACGGAAGUCAGAUCUGUUCCAGGGAGACCUGUACCCAGACACAGCCAGCUUAGAGCCAGCUCUCCUGGCUGAUGAAUGGAUAGCUGGGCAGGAUGCACCACCACUGCUGGUCUCCCUGAGUGGUGGUUACACGGCUCCUCCAUCCAAGCACAGAGACACCCUCAGGAGCAAGCCCAAACUCGUCUCACAGGACUCUGGGACCGGGGCCACCCCGCCUUCAGCUGGCAAUGUAGCUGCUCCAACAUCUACACCUACCUCUGCCGCCAAGGAGACAGAAGAAGAGGUGCCACAGCCACGAGUAGCCACGAAAGAGACAGAUGGAAAUACUGACAGGCCGAAGAGAGAGGACGAUGUGUUGAACGAGUUGUUAGCAGAAAUGAAGGCUUUACGUGCCGUCGUACUCGCUCAGAACCAGAGAAUCGAGCUGCUCGAGAGGCAGCUGGCUCGGAUUGAAGAUGGGGAUGUAUGAGGAAGUAGGAGAUUCACUACAUUUGGAGGGCAUUCUUUCUAAAUCCAUAGACCAUAGCCUUACUAGAAUCAACAGUUCCUUAAGCUGUGUGAGUGGGAGAAUGUAGUGUAGGGUAGCAAGUAACUGUGAAUCACAGUUGCUUACAACUAGGCCAAGUUGCAAUGAAAAUAAAACCACAGUUCUGCAACCAAUGUCUCUGCAAUUGUUUUCCAGGUUGUAGUUGAGAACGGGGUGUCAUCUGCAUAGACUGAAAUUUAAGACUGACAUAAUGUUUGGUUUUACAUAUGAAGGAGUAUUGUAGCAGCUAUUUGGUGGUGCAUAUAGUGCAGCUUUGAGCUUUGCAAAAUCCACGUGUUAAUUUUGAAGGGCUGUGAAGGAGUUACAGCAGCACCAUUGCCUCAAAUUAAUGCACAAAGCAGGACACAGCGUUAUAUUAAAGCUGCUGACAUUCUAUAGCAAAGCAAUUAAGUACCUCUAAUAUAACUGUUUUCUCUGACGCACUCACAAAUAUAAGCAUUAGGGCUAUUUAAUCAGGUAGUUAAAGCUGCUAAACUGUGACUUCAUAUCAGACCCCCGGUUGUUAACUCACUGUUAUACUUUUGCUUUAUUAUACUACUUCAUGAUAGGACAUUGUGUGUAAGGUUAAUGGUAGGAAAAUCUUUUGGUACACAAAUCAUGAUCUUGACAGAGAGAAUUGUGUGAAUGAUAGCUGUUGAGAGCGUAGCUAAGUAUCUAUGUGUAUCGUAAUUGUGUGUACUCUUUGCAAUGAAAUGGUAACACUUGUGAUUUUGUACCUCAUGUUGUUUUCUGUCACAUCAUGAGGCAAGAUAUAUGUCCACAUUAACAUUAAAAUAGAAAUAUGCAGACGUGCUCUUUACCUUCUUUUGACGUGUGUAAAGAAGCAGGAUCUCUGCUGAGUUUUUUCAAGACCUCUUAACUUUUUACUUUUUAAUCAUUGUUUCACAUACAAAUAUAACGUUAAUACCAGUUACACUACAAAGUACAUUAAAUAUAUUGAAAUGAUCAGUCCAGAAAAGUGUUUGCAGCCAAAUAAAAGAGGAAGAUGAAGUUACAAUGAAAUGUGGAACAUUAUAUACAGUUUGCAGUUAUAUUUGUAUUGGUGUUAAAGAUCUUAGCUCUAUUCAGUUUUUUUUUUAGCUUUGUGUUUUUUGCCAUUCCAUUUAGAGGCACUGACCUGUUACGUGUCCAUCAGUCAAUUAUAGUGCAACAAUGGUACAUUCCACAUCAAUCCCUUUAUUACUCCAAUUGUAAUUUAUAUGUCUUUAUGCACUGACCUCUUAACACUAACUGUAAAACUAGUAGCAUUGUAAAUGAAACUACAUUGUGAAAGCUCAAUAAAGAUUCAUUCCUC